GUUUGCUGGAAUGGGUAACCUGCUAAAAGUCCUAACAAGGGAUAUAGAGAACUAUCCACGCUUUUUCCUGGACUUUGAAAAAACCAAAUGGGGAAUCUGUUAAAAGUGCUCACUUGCACAGAGCUUGAACAGGGGCCAAACUUUUUCCUUGACUUUGAAAAUGCUCAGCCGACAGAAGGAGAGCGGGACGUGUGGAACCAGGUGAACUCGGUCCUGCAGGACUCUGAGAACAUCCUGAUCAGCCUGCAGUCCUACAAAGGAGCCGGCCAGGAGAUCAGAGAUGCAAUUCAGAACCCCAACGACUUCUCGCUGCAGGAGCGGGCCUGGCACUCAGUGUGCCCGCUCGUCAUCAAACUCAAGAAGUUCUACAGUUUCUCCCUCAGACUAGAGGAGGCUCUGCAGAGUUUGUUGGAGAGCCUGACGUGUCCGCCUUUCACGCCCACUCAGCACCUGGAGAGGGAGCAGGCUCUUGCCAAACAGUUCGCUGAGAUCCUUCACUUCACGCUGCGCUUCGACGAGCUCAAGAUGAGAAUUCCUGCCAUCCAGAAUGACUUCAGCUACUACAGAAGAACCAUCAGUCGAAACCGGAUAAACAACAUGAAUUUGGACAUUGAGAGUGAAGUGAACAACGAGAUGGCCAACAGGAUGUCUCUGUUCUACGCUGAGGCCACGCCCAUGCUGAAGACGCUCAGCAACGCUACCACAAGCUUUGUGACGGAGAACAAGACCCUUCCACUGGAGAACACGACGGACUGUCUCAGCACCAUGGCCAGCGUCUGUAAAGUCAUGCUGGAGACACCGGAAUAUACGAGUCGUUUCAGCAGCGAGGACACGCUCCUGUUCUGCAUGAGGGUCAUGGUGGGAGUCAUCAUUCUGUACGACCACGUUCACCCCAACGGAGCCUUCAACAAGUCCUCCAAGAUAGACAUGAAAGGCUGCAUAAAGGUCCUGAAGGAUCAGCCGGCUGAUAACGUAGAAGGCCUCCUGAACGCCCUCAAAUUCACCACAAAACACCUGAACGACGAGUCCACUCCGAAGAACAUCCGGACGAUGCUCCAGUAACGUUUUUUCUUCUUUUUUAAAUCUAAACAGAUAUGAAGAGGAUCAAUGCUCUGACCUCAAAUAAGAUGUAUAUGUUUACAUUAUUUAAAAAGACUCAAUGUUAAUACUCGUGUGUAUUUGCAUAGUCAUUCCCUCCGAGCUAUGGAAACCUUCUUCUAACUUUGCAAAAAACAAUAUGAAAGCGCCACAUGAAUUGCCUCCGCUGUCAGCAGCUGUCAAAGCACACCGACGGACACCCUUCAGCCUUAUGUAACCAUGCUUUGCAAGCGGCACUUGGAAAAAAAUGUUCUUCGACUAACGUUCUCAAUCUUUUAUUUGACAAUGGAAGAAGUUUAGUGUACAGCUUUUAUUCAAAUUUGAAGCAAAAUAAAUCCUUUCAUAGUGAAGGUUUUACAUUGUGACAGAGUUUGUGUGUUAAAACAAGUGGAAGUGUUUCUGUCUUCUCACUUGAUCUGAAGAAUGAGUCUCAAUGAAAUCAAUCAGUGUGUGUUGCAGUGAAGGGCUAAAUAUUGAAGCAGAUAAGGGAUUCCUUGGUUUGAUGUAAGUAUUGCUAAAAGCAUUUUCUCUUUCUAUGCUCAGCUGUUGUAUUUGUUUUUUCUCACACUCCAAUCUUGUGAAAUAAAUCCACUGUGAACAUUAAUCUUACUUUGCACAUCCAGUAAGAUCCGGUUGGCUCUAAGUUCUGUAAAGGCUGUGAUGAUGGAACAAAAUCAAAUCGACCCGCCAUGUGUUUUUAUUUAACUGUUAAUGCGGCAAUCCUUCUGAAUGAUUGUUGUUGGUUUCGCCAUGUUUUAAGUGACUUACUGUGUGGCUUUUGUAUUAAACAGACAUUUCUAUCAAAGAAAGGCCAUCUUUCAUUCUGAAUACAUGAUAUGUGCUUCUUAACUGAACAAGUUUUAAAAGAAUUGGUUGCUUCCGUAACAUAGUGACAUCACAUUUCUAUUGGCUAGGGCUCCAUCACAUUUUACGUGGUAGGCAAAGGGGUGGGACACCUCUAAGCCAUUGACCAA